AUGGGACAAUUUCAUUCAUCAAGCCAUGGAGGCCCAGACUUACCUGAGGAACAAGUUAAAAGUGAUUAUUAUGGAUAUCUUGGUGUACAAUGGGAUGCUUCUGAAGAGGAGAUAAAGAAGGCAUACAGAAAGAAAGCCUUUGAGCUACACCCAGACAGAAAUUACGGAAAUGUUGAAACCGCAACAAAAUUAUUUGCGGAGGUACAAUCUGCAUAUGAAGUCCUCUCAGAUCCUCAGGAGCGGGCGUGGUAUGACUCCCAUCGUGAGGUCUUGGGAAACGGCGCCAGAACAGAAAGUGGUGAUUAUUCGUAUAACACCCAAAUGACAACUACAGAUGACAUUUUCAAACUUUUUUCCAAUUUCAGUCCCCGCAUGGAAUUUUCGGACUCAAAAUCAGGAUUCUAUGGUGGUCUCCGUGAAACCUUCUUGCGACUGGCUUGCGAGGAGAAAAUGGCAUGUCAAUGGGAAAAUAUCGAAUACGUUGAUUACCCAACUUUUGGACAUCGCAAUGACAGCUUCGAAGAUACUGUGCGCCCAUUUUAUGCUGUGUGGAGUAGUUUCUCCACAAAGAAGUCGUUUGCAUGGAAAGACAUCCAUCGUUACUCCGAAGCCCCAGAUCGUCGUGUCCGCAGGAUAAUGGAGAAAGAAAACAGACGCCUAAGAGAAGAAGGAAUCCGCGAAUUCAAUGAUGCUGUUAGGUCGCUUGUGUCUUUCAUAAAAAAGCGAGACCUGCGUUACAAAACUAAUCCCCAAAGCGAAGCACAACGCCAGGAGACCCUUCGUCAAUCGGCAGAAGCACAGGCUACUAGGUCGCGAGCAGCUAACCAAGCUAAGCUACGUGAAUAUAUUGCUCCAGAGUGGGCCAAAUCGGAAGAGCCGCAGGAAUAUCGAGAUGACAGCCCCGAAAGCGAGGUGGAACAUUUCGAUUGUGUGGUGUGCCACAAGAGUUUCAAGAGUCAACAGCAACUUCAAGCUCACGAGCGUAGCAAGAGACAUUUGAAGGCGGUCAAAGAUCUUCGUCAAGAGAUGACAGCACAGGAUAGGCAAUUGAAUUUGCAAGGGAAUGAAAAUGGGAAUAAUGUUUUUGAGGAUGCAUAUCUGCGGCAAAUCAAAGAACAUGGCAAUAACAAUCGGAUGGCUACAGCUAGAUCAGACUGUGAAUCAGACGUACAUGAGUCUGAUGAUGUGACUAGAUUUGGCGGUCUCAGUUUAGAUCAGUUGGAAAAUCUCAAUAUCAGCGCUUCAGACAAAGGUACUAGCCAUGACCCUAAUACCGAGACGCAGUCACGUUGUCUCCUUGUCAAGGAAAACGAUGGAAAUCAAGAGGCAAAGAAUGUGUUGUCUGGGAUGCCAUUGAUCCCCGAGGGGCAAAAGGAAUCGCCUGAGAAAAUGGGAAAAGCCAAACAAAAACGUGCCAAAAAAGCUGCACAAAAACAGGCAAACCCUUCAACGGAUCUGGCCUGUGUAAUGUGUCAUUCGACUUUCAUUUCUAAAAAUCAGUUGUUCUCCCAUGUCAGAGAACUUGGCCAUGCGCAGCCACUGCCCAAUACUUCCAGAAAUAGGAAGUAG